AUGGCACCGCCUAUCGCUAUCCUCGGCGCCGGCCCCAGCGGCUUGAUGCUCGGUCGCAUGCUCGAACUCGCCAAUAUCGACUACAUCAUCUUCGAGCGAGACAUAUCAGGAAAUGAGACCUCUUCACGAGCCGGUACCCUCGAUAUCCACGCCAACUCUGGCCAGGUUGCUCUUCAGGAGGCUGGCUUACUAGACCGGUUCAAGAAGCUCGCCCGUACCGACGCACAUACAGUGCUGGCAGACGGGCAAGGCAAAGUCUACGUCAGGACGGGUGGUUGCGACGAUGCCAACGAGGACAGACCCGAGAUCGACCGCAAGGACUUACGUGCGCUGCUCCUGAGCUCCGUUCCAGAGAACAAGGUCCGCUGGGGUUGCAAGGUCCAACAGGUGCAGCAAGACCCCGACGGGUCAAUGUCUGUGCGGUUUGCGGACGGGAGAGUCGAAUCGGGCUUCCGCCUCGUCGUCAGCGCGGAUGGAGCAUGGUCGAAAGCUAGGAAUCUCGUCACAUCGACCAAACCUGAGUACUCUGGAAUACAUUAUUUGACCACCACGAUCAGCGCUGGAAAUCCGUUCCAUGAGUCAGUCGCCGCGCUGGCCGGACAGGGCAACUACAUCGCCUUUGGCGCGGGAAAGCAGAUCGUUGUUUUCAAACUCGGCGACGGCGCUUACUACGUCGGCGUAGGCUUGCGCCUCCCUGAGCACUGGAGCACGGAGAAUGCGACGAUCCUGGAGAACCCGUCGGCUCUGCGUCAGUGGUUGUGCGACGAACACUUUGCAGACUGGCCGCAGGUGCACACGGAUCUGAUCACAUACAGUGACGGGAAGGUCUAUGCCUGGCCGUUACACGCUGUGCCGACUGCGUCGCUGCCAUGGACGACCGUGUCUGGUAUUACCCUGGUAGGAGACGCUGCGCAUCUAAGCCCCCCUUUCGUAGGUGAAGGCGUCAACUGCGCUCUGACCGACAGUCUCGAGCUCGCCCAACAGAUCAUCAAGUAUGGGGUAAACGACCUGGACCGCGCCGUGGCAGAGUACGAGAAACUGAUGGCCCCGCGCGCGAUCGAUCUCAUUACCAGGAGUAAUCGGAGUGGAGAGCUUUUUUUCGCGCCGGACGCGCCUCGUGGCUGGCUUAAGGCUUUUGCUGGUGUGGAUAUUGACGAGUAG